AGUAGUAUGGGAGUGGUGGAGCCUCCACCUCUGAGAAGGCACCCAGGCAGACCCAAAAAAGUUAGAAAAAAGGAGGAUGGUGAACCAGCAGGAAGUGAGUACAGAAAGAAGUCUACAUCAGUAAGAUGUGAUAAGUGUGGGCUUCAGGGUCAUAACAGGAGAACAUGUAAAGGGGGUCAAAUUAGGAGGAAAAGGGCAAGGAAAAGCAGUACUGUGAAGGAGAGUCGAAAUGUGGGGGCUAGUGAAGCUGAAGUCAAUGUCUCUCAGCGGACAAGAUCACAUAAUGCAUCAACUGCAUUGAAUGAUAGUGUUCAAGCAAGGAAAAGAGCGAAAGCGACAGCAGCUCGGGCAAGAAGACGUGAAAAGGAGGCAAUGCAGAAGCCAAACAAGAAUUGAGUUUGGACAAAGGGGGGUUUUUUUUGGGGGGGGGGAAAUGAUGUGUAUAUAGGCCUUUUGAUUUUGGAAAUUAUCAUUACUAGACUGGACAGGUUUUCGAUAUGUGUAAUUCUGAUGUGUAUACAGGCCUUUUGAUUUUUGUCAAGUAUGUGGAAUGGACAUGUGUAUAG